CUGUAAUAAUAGCAUGUAACUAUGUAUACAUCUACGACUACCACUACAAAAGCUGUGUUUGGGAUUUGACUUGUGAGAAUCAGAAUGGGAAGAAGAUCUCUUCCUUUUCUUCUUGUCUGAGACCAUAAGUCCAAACACACUCUCUCUCUUUCUCUUUCUCAUUUCAGACACCAAUUUUCACUCUUCUUGUACGUCUUUGCACUUCGCAGCACACCAUAAUUUUAUUUUUUUUUAAAUUCUUUUAAUUCCCCCCCAAAUUGAGAGCACCCCAUUCAUAAAUUUUCAUUUCACUUUCCUCUCUCAACCAGAUCACUGAAUCUCGCUGUGCUCGAAAAUCGUGAACAUCAUCAGGUAAUUAGGAAUCGGAUACUAUGUGGAUGGAUGGAGCUUAGAUUUGAGGAAUGGGGUGUGUGAUUAGCAGGGAAGUGUCGAAGGGGGUAAUCUCUGAUGUGAAGGAGGAGAGGGAUUUGAGUGGUGAGAGUAAGAGGAAGGUUGAUGGAGUGUCAGGGAGCAAAGAUGAGGUGGUAGAGGUUCAGAAUGGUGAGAAGGAGAAGGAGAAAGGUGGUGAAGGGGUGCAGCGUGGCAAAAGGAGAAGAUCGAAGGCGAAUCCGAGGCUGAGCAAUCCGCCAAAGCAUUUGAGGUGGGAGCAGGUUGCAGCUGGGUGGCCACCGUGGCUCACUGCAGUGUGUGGGGAAGCACUCGGUGGCUGGAUUCCGCGAAAGGCCGACACCUUUGAGAAAAUUGAUAAGAUUGGGCAAGGAACUUAUAGUAAUGUGUACAAAGCUAAAGACAUGAUGACAGGUAAAAUUGUUGCCCUAAAGAAGGUUCGAUUUGAUAAUUGGGAACCUGAGAGUGUAAAAUUCAUGGCGAGAGAGAUUCUUAUUUUGCGAAGGUUGGAUCAUCCCAAUGUUGUAAAGUUGCAAGGUUUAGUUACGUCAAGGAUGUCCUGUAGUUUGUAUUUGGUGUUCGAUUAUAUGGAGCAUGAUUUGGCUGGACUUGCUGCAAGCCCAGGAAUCAGGUUCACAGAGCCUCAGGUAAAAUGUUACAUGCAUCAGCUGCUAUCAGGACUUGAGCACUGUCAUAACCGUCGUGUACUUCACCGUGAUAUUAAAGGAUCAAAUCUUCUUAUUGACAAUGAAGGAACACUUAAGAUUGCUGACUUUGGACUGGCUUCUAUUUUCGAUCCAAACAAUAAGCAUCCCAUGACUAGUCGUGUAGUAACCCUUUGGUAUCGACCUCCUGAGUUGCUUCUUGGUGCCACAGAUUAUGGUGUGGGUGUAGACCUCUGGAGUGCCGGAUGUAUUUUAGGAGAGUUAUUGGCUGGGAAGCCAAUCAUGCCUGGUCGUACAGAGGUGGAACAAUUGCACAAGAUAUACAAACUAUGUGGUUCACCUUCCGAUGAGUAUUGGAAGAAGUCAAAUUUGCCUAAUGCUACCUUGUUUAAACCACUAGAGCCAUACAAGAGACGCAUAAGAGAGACAUUUAAAGAUUUUCCACCUUCUGCUCUACCUCUCAUCGAUACACUUCUUGCAAUUGAUCCUGUAGAACGGAAAACUGCCUCAGAUGCUUUAAGAAGUGAGUUCUUUACCACAGAACCUUAUGCUUGCGAUCCUUCAAGUCUUCCAAAAUAUCCCCCAAGCAAGGAAAUGGAUGCUAAACAACGGGAUGAUGAAAUGAGGAGACUAAGAGCUGCAGGCAAAGCUCAGGCUGAUGGUCCAAAGAAGCAUCAUACACGUGAUCGUGCUGCAAAAGCUUUUCCUGCUCCUGAAGCCAAUGCUGAGCUUCAAUCCAAUAUUGAUAGAAGACGUCUAAUCACUCAUGCAAAUGCCAAGAGCAAGAGCGAAAAGUUUCCUCCACCACAUCAAGAUGGACAAGUUGGUUUUCCUUUAGGAUCUUCACAUCACAUUGAUCCAGAUACUGUUCCUACUGAUGUCUCUUUUACUUCAACCUCCUAUACUUAUUCAAAGGAACCAUUCCAAGCUUGGUCUGGUCCCAUUGGAGUGCCAAAGCGGAAGAAACACACUGCAGGUGAUGCAUUGGACUUGUCAAAACCACAGAAAGAUGCCCUCAAGGACAUGGUUAGAGGAAAGAAAAUUUUAGAUAUUAGUACAUUCUUAUAGAGUUAAUUAAGAAUCUGCCUUUGCUGCCUCAUUUUCGGGUGCAGACCAACUGCUGCGCAAUGCGCUUUUGAAAAUGUCGUGCUGCUUGCCCACUUCCUGAGUAAAAGUAUAAUAGCUUCUCAGUUGACAGCAAGGGAUAAAAAUCAUCCCCCCCCAUCUUACACCUUCAAUUUCUUUCUCAAUUUUUUAUUUCUUGGUUUUUAUUAAAUGAAAAUUUUCUUUUCUGUUCAAUCUGUUAGUAUGAUGAGAGAAUUACUACUUUGUACAUCGUGAUUUAUUUUUUAAAGGAGUCCCGUGUUAAUAUCUGAA